AUUAGAAAUAUUUUCUAUAGAAAUAUACAAGAUUAUUAUUAUCCCAAUUUUAAUCUUUAUAUUUUAUACUACUAUAAUCUUUACUAGCAUAAAGAUUGUGGUAGACUCCGGCGUUGUUCGUGUGUCAAAGUUGGAGACCAGACGCUUGAACGGUUACGUUUGCACUUUCAACGCUCUUCCUACGACUUCUUCGUUUUUAGUGCUUACGAAGAAAGGUUUUCAAGCCUAACCCAAAAUUUGUAUCAUUCGAGUUUAAUAGUAUAUUUCUCAAUCACACAAAAGUCCGUCUUCGUCUUUGCUGGUGUUCGAAUUUGGGGGAACUCUUCCUCUGAACUCUGAGGUGGUGCGAGUGCCUCAUUUGAAAGCACCAAAAAGGUCCAUAAUACUCUCUCCAAUUAUCACUACUGCGUCCUCCUUGCUCAUCCACAUAAAAAUCGCUCUCCAAUUAAUGACUUUCCUGAUGGUGGAAAUUCCAAAUCUGAAAUAUUACUAUGCAUCUCUCAUUUUCAUCAGUAUUUGCUAGGGUUUGUCAGUAGCUGGAUUGGUGUUCUCCACAGCUUUUGGCAGCAGGCUGAUUGAAGAUCACAUUAGCUUCUCUCCUGGUCAUUUUAUCAAACAGCUGGUGCUCUUACAGAAAAGUACUAAGAAGCCAGCAUGGAUGUCGAUGCUGAACCUACUAUGGAUGAAACUAUCCUGGUGGGUGAUGACCUAAUGAUGGGCCUACCAUCACCAACAAUUCCACCGGAGAUAGCGUCUCAUGUUCUUGAAGGUGUUGAUACAUGUGAGAAACUCUUAAGGAAUCUUUUCCUGUGCUUACAAGUCAAUGAUAUUGAACCAUUUUGCCAGGAUGAGAUUGUCAUGUAUCAACAAUGUGCAGAGAAACGGGAUAAGGUGCUCAGACAACGGCUUCAAGAUAGUGAGCUUAAAUUAGGUUUGUCAAUGCCUCUAAAGAAAGCAAAAGAACGAGCAACCCAUCUAGAAUCAGAAGCUACAUCACUUGAGAGGCGCUUAAUAUUGGCAAGUGGCGUUGAGGGCAUGGAAGGAUUUCGACAGAGGUGGAGUCUCCAUGGCCGUCUUACCGAUACCAAAAAAAGGCUGGAAUCUCUGAAGCAGGGCAUGGAUAGUAGAAGGAAGGACAAUGAGGCAACUGGAAGUACCUCCAUAAAAAAGAAAUGGUUCUUCUGGUGAAAGCCGUUUUUUUUUCUCUGCCCUAUGCACGAUCGCCAUUAACAGUAGAAGAAAAUUACAAAGUCCAAUGAUGGCAAAUGAAAUGGGCGUUGGCGAAAUUCCUCUGGUGCUGACCAUGGCAGUUUAUCACAUUUCCAAUUCUUUGAAAACAGCAGCAGCAAAUCAUAUACAGUAGUUGGUUUAGUUGGAUGCCGAGUUUUGUCGAAUGGCUCAUUAUAUUUUAUUUCUGUUUUACCAUUCUUGUGGCUACCGAAAAAUGUCCUUUUUUACCAACAGUAAAUUAGGAAAAUGUUUAAAUGACAAGUUGGAGUGGCCAAGUUUUCACACACUUCACACAUGGGAGGACUUGUGUUUGGGUCAAUGUGGAGGUGAUAGGGUUUUCUCAUUGAUGAACUAAAGGCCUCUUGUGUGU